AGCCGCACAGUCAGUGGCUACUGAAGAAGGUGUCUCGUCCUCUGUAAAAGGUAGGGUUGCAAAGGGUCGGAAACUUUCUCUUGUGGAAUAUUUUGGUUAAACUAUCCGCAAUUUAAUGGAAUUGCAACCCUCUGCAUGCACAGUGCAUUCUUCCAUCACAUGUACAGCUGAUUCUCAAGAUUUUGCACACUAAUGAGAUGCUAUUGAGCCCACACGACUACACUGUCUAAGCCAAGGACUACAUGCUUUCUGCCAGCUCUUAUAAGUUCCCUCCACCCAGGCAGCUAGAUGAGUCAGCGGAAGGAGCGCCGCGGGAUCCACGUGGACCAGUCAGAGCUGCACUGCAACAAGGGCUGCGGUUACUAUGGCAAUGCCGCCUGGCAGGGCCUGUGCUCCAAGUGCUGGCGGGAGGAGUACCAGCGGGCCCGGCAGAAGCAGAUCCAGGAGGACUGGGCCCUAGCUGAGAAGCUGCAGAGGGAGGAGGAGGUUGCCUAUGCCAGCAUCCAGGGGGCCCAGCCCCAGGCACAACCCCAGGCCUCUGUGGCGCCCUUCUCCAAGUUCGAGGAGAAGAAGACCAAUGAGAAGACACGCAAGGUGACCACUGUGAAGAAGUUCUUUAGUCCCUCGUCACGGACAGCCCCCAAGAAAGCCCCCACUGUGGGAGAGGAGAAGCUGACAGGCCUCAGGGACUGGAGAGGAAUGUUUACUCCCCCUUGGGAAAUGGGCUCUCCCACCGAAGCACUGGUGGCAAGACUCAGAGAGAACCAGGAGGGCAAGACCCCCAGCCCCUCCAUCAGCCGCCAAUCAAGCAUUGAGACAGACCGUGUCUCCAGAGACUUUGUGGACUUCCUGAAGACCCUGCAUAAGCCUGGCCGUGAGGUCCACAAGCAGAGCCGAGCCUUCAUCGAAAUCAUGGCCAACAAAAAGGACUUGAGUGCUGACGAGCUGUCAGAGUGUGUCCAAGACUUCUACCAGAAUUUGUCUGACCGCCUCAUGACUCAUUUUAAAGGCUCUUCAGAGCGGGUGGAGCGAGUGAUGGACGAGGUGGAGAAGUACAUUAUGACACGCCUGUAUAAGAGUGUCUUCUGCCCCGAGACCACAGACGAUGAGGAGAAAGACCUGGCCACUCAGAACCGGAUACGGGCGUUACACUGGGUGGACAUUCAGAUGCUUUGUGUGCCAGUGGAUGAGGAGAUCCCAGAGGUUUCAGACAACGUGGUCAAAGCCAUAACAGAUGUCAUCGAGAUGGACUCCAAGCGGGUACCCCGGGACAAGCUAGCGUGCAUCACGCGCUGCAGCAAGCACAUCUUCAGCGCCAUCAAGAUCACGAAGAGCGAGCCAGCCUCGGCCGACGACUUCCUGCCCACCCUGAUCUACAUCGUGCUGAAGGCCAACCCUCCACGCCUGCAAUCCAACAUCCAGUACAUCACCCGCUUCUGCAACCCCAGCAGGCUCAUGACUGGAGAGGACGGAUACUACUUCACUAACCUGUGCUGUGCAGUUGCCUUCAUCGAGAAACUGGACGCCCAGUCUCUCAACUUGGACCCAGAGGACUUUGAGCGCUACAUGUCGGGCCAGGCCUCUCCUCGCAGGCCUGAGGCAGACAGCGGCUGGCCCCAGGUGGACCCUCCUACUGGUUCUGCCGCCUCCAGUCCCGCCCUAUCCCAGGUCUACCAGAACCUGGACCUCCUGUCUGGCCUGGGGAGCAGACAAGACAGGGUUCUGGAGGGGGUGCAGAGCCUGCAGAGAGACCUGAUCACCUGGCAGGAGAGUGUGGAGCGAGAGGUGCAGGAGAUCCUGGAGAAGUACCCGCUGGAGAUCCGCCUGCCCACCCCCUCCGCCAUUGACUCAGACAACGUGGAAAACGACCGGCUGCCACCACCACUGACACCCCAGGUGUUUGCUGGGUAAUGUCUCUGCAGAAUCGGAGGCAACAAAGGGCUUCUUGAACAAAUGACUGCGCCUCUCUAAUGUCUUGAGACGUCAUUGGCUCUUCACUUUGGUGAGGUUCAGGAAGUGGCAGCCCCCUCCUGUCUCCACUGCUACGCUUUUAAACAUUCUCACAUACUGUAAGCUUUGGUCCAUUUUGGCCCCUAGACCCUUUUCUGAUAGCAUUCACAGAUCUUAUUAUCUCAGCCUGGUUAAAUUAAGCAUUAAUAGAUCAAAAGGAUGGACUAAGUUUGAGGAAAAGGGUUUAGGGACUGAAAUGAAGCCAAGCCAAAACAAUGCUCCUGCAUACACAUACUCCUUUUAGACCUGACCUCUUCAAAUGGCCUCACACUAUGUAUGGCGGAGUUGGCAUUCGGCCCUAGUCUGUAAUCCUCUACAACCCUGCUGCACAGACCCAGACGACACAUCUUGAUACUGUAAGAUUACUUCUCCAGCUUGUAGUGCUGAAAGGAGUAUGUAUUUUUAGAUGGCUGCUGCUGAAUUUGGGAAACGCUGACUUCUGCAUCUUGCAGUAUGCACUCUGCAGUAUUGUAUAAUCUGCUUGCAUGUGCUUUGCUCCUAUCCUUCUUGAGUCUCCAGCGAGGGACCAGGGUGCAGGCUAAUUGUGCGCAAUGGGGGAAAAGGGAUGUGUUUCAUCCAAAACCAAAGGUCUUAAGCUGGUUCUUAUGUGAUUAUGCCCCAAUGAGUGGUCUCAACUGAUAUUUGUAAUGGUAAUAUAGAGCGCUUAAUCAUCAGAAAAUUAUGAAUUAGGUAGGUACGGUUCUUUUAACUUCUCUCAUUAAUUUUAUAUCUCAACUAUGUGUCAGUAUAAGAGCCCUUACUGUAAGUAUUAAAGGACCUUUUUCCUGAUGAUGUGAUCUGACCAGGAAAACUCCUGUUACUCUCAUGUAGGAUGCCCAUGAGGCACAGUAAUGCUGAAGCAUGCUUCUUAUUAUACCAUGGAAUCGCAGGGCAAUAUUUCUUUUUUGAUAGUUGAACCAUGGUGCUGAUGCUGUAACUACAUUGUGUACUACAAUAGGAAAAUUAUCCUGUAUGGUCCUAAAUUAACAAUGUAUUAAAAGGGAAUUUAUUCUCGCAGGUGCAUAAUAUGUAUUGGUUGGGGAUAACAAUAUUAUUGGAGGGCAGUGUAAGAAGUUAGCUUUUUAACACGUUAAUGUUGGAUAAACAAUUACUACCUAUGGUAUUGUGAGGCAAAGCACAUACAGUGGGGCAAAAAUGUAUUUAGUCAGCCACCAAUUGUGCAAGUUCUCCCACUUAAAAAGAUGUGAGGCCUGUAAUUUAUCAUAGGUACACUUCAACUAUGACAGACAAAAUGAGAGAAAAAAAAUCCAGAAAAUCACAUUGUAGGAUUUUAAAUUAAUUAAUUUGCAAAUUAUGGUGGAAAAUAAGUAUUUGGUCACCUACAAACAAGCAAUAUUUCUGGCUCUCACAGACCUGUAACUUCUUCUUUAAGAGGCUCCUCUGUCCUCCACUCGUUACCUGUAUUAAUGGCACGUGUUUGAACUUGUUAUCAGUAUAAAAGACACCUGUCCACAACCUCAAACAGGCACACUCCAAACUCCACUAUGGCCAAGACCAAAGAGCUGUCAAAGGACACCAGAAACAAAAUUGUAGACCUGCACCAGGCUGGGAAGACUGAAUCUGCAAUAGGUAAGCAGCUUGGUUUGAAGAAAUCAACUGGGAGCAAUUAUUAGGAAAUGGAAGACAUACAAGACCACUGAUAAUCUCCCUUGAUCUGGGGCUCCACGCAAGAUCUCACCCCGUGGGGUCAAAAUGAUCACAAGAAUGGUGAGCAAAAAUCCCAGAACCACACGGAGGGGCCUAGUGAAUGACCUGCAGAGAGCUGGGACCAAAGUAACAAAGCCUACCAUCAGUAACACACUCGUCGUGUUUGGAGGACAAAGACCAAAGAAUGCGGAGUUGCAUCCAAGAACACCAUACCUACUGUGAAGCAUGGGGGUGGAAACAUCAUGUUUUGGGGCUGUUUUUCUGCAAAGGGACCAGGACGACUGAUCCGUGUAAAGGAAAGAAUGAAUGGGGCCAUGUAUCGUGAGAUUUUGAGUGAAAACCUCCUUCCAUCAGCAAGGGCAUUGAAGAUGAAACGUGGCUGGGUCUUUCAGCAUGACAAUGAUCCCAAACACACCGCCCGGGCAACGAAGGAGUGGCUUCGUAAGAAGCAUUUCAAGGUCCUGGAGUGGCCUAGCCAGUCUCCAGAUCUCAACCCCAUAGAAAAUCUUUGGAGGGAGUUGAAAGUCAGUGUUGCCCAGCAACAGCCCCAAAACAUCACUGCUCUAGAGGAGAUCUGCAUGGAGGAAUGGGCCAAAAUACCAGCAACGGUGUGUGAAAACCUUGUGAAGAUUUACAGAAAACGUUUGACCUCUCUGUCAUUGCCAACAAAGGGUAUAUAACAAAGUAUUGAGAAACUUUUGUAGGUGACCAAAUACUUAUAAUUUGCAAAUAAAUUCAUUAAAAAUCCUACAAUGUGAUUUUCUGGAUUUUUUUUUCACUCAUUUUGUCUGUCAUAGUUGAAGUAUACCUAUGAAAAAUUACAGGCCUCAUCUUUUUAAGUGGGAGAACUUGCACAAUUGGUGGCUGACUAAAUACUUUUUUGCUCCACUGUAACACUCCUCAAUGAAUUUGUAACUUGAACAAAUACUUUUUAAUUGUUUCCUUGGUAUACUGCUGCUGGGCGAUUCCAAGUCAGCGGAAGCAGAAAAUAUUGUUGUCUCAGGUUGUUCUGGCAAUUCUCACAUAGUAACUUUAUUGACAAGAAGGAUAUUUAGCAAGCUUUUUACAUUUGUAUCACAAACCAUUUUAGGCCCUCUUUAUACCUACGCCGUACAUGCCUCCUGUAAGACCCUAUGAUCUGUGAACAGUACAUGAUACAGACAACAUCUUGGUGCCAUUAUACUCUUUAUAGUGUGAUCCAUUAUACUCUUUAUAGUGUGAUCCAUUACUCUUUAUAGUGUGAUCCAUUAUAUGUCUAGAUUCUGAAAUACAAAUGUUCACAUUCAUUUAUUCAACAUUACAAAUACUAUUAUAAAUAUCUCAAAACUACCCUUUCUGAUUGUGUUCAUUUGAAGACAUAUUGUUUGGAACAAUAUACUCUACAAGUACAUCACAUUUACAGAGUGGGCUCUCUGCUAAUUCUGGAGUAAUAAUACAUUUUGAGCACCACCAACAUAGUGAAUGAGGAAAAAUGGAUUUAAAGGGAACUCCAUCUGUAGGUGAUUACUAAAUAUGCAAGCCUAAAGGAGGGAUGAGAUUGGUUAAUGACCUAUAAUGUCAAUUUCUAUGUAUAAAAUGUAUGAUUUCUUUAACAGUAGCAGAGAGUCACUCUGGAAAUGUGACGUUUGAAGAGUAGAUUGUUGAAAACUGUUUAAAAUUAAGAAAUCAAGUUGAGAUAUUCAUUAAUAUUUGUUAAUGUUUUAUAAAUUGAUGUGAAAGUGUAUUUCAGAAUCUAGACAUACUGCAUAUAAUGGAUCACACUAUAAAGAGUAUAAUGACACCAAGAUGGUCUGUAUCAUGUACUGUUCACAGGUCAUAGGGUCUUACAGGAGGCAUGUAUAGGUAUAAAAAGGGCCUAAACUGGCCACUUUCAACAUGAUUUUCUCAAAAAUAUUUUGCAAUACGAAUGUAGAAAGCAUGUCAAACAUCCUUCCUCCCAAUGAAGUUCCUAUGUGAGAAUUGCCAGAACGAUCUUCCGCUGGGCUAGAAUCGACCUGCAAUAUUUCUAAUUUAUUUCGAUGGUGCAGAAUUAUCUGGCUGUAAUAUAUAUAUAUAUCAAGGUAAUGGUACUACUUAAGCGAAAUGUGAGAACCUAUCAAUAAGCGUGCUAAAAUAUGUGGCCCUUUAAUUCUAUCACAUUCAAACGGUUGGAAAAUAUUUAAGAGGAUGCCAGUCUAGUGAAACAAAGGAUUAAUAGAGGACUUUCAGUUAAUACGCUUCUUUUCCAUUUUGCAACAGAUCUGGGAGCACCAUCCUAAGUUUAUUCUUCAGACAGUGGUACAAUCUGUGAAACCUGAAGUUGACCAAGACGCAGGUUACUGUGUUAUGUACAAAAUGCCAGUGAACUGCUGAUAUAUGGAGGUGGCAUGUUGUAUAUCAUAAUGUAAUCGUGAAAUAUGGAUGAUACCUGGGGAAUGUUCAGUGGGGCGAAACACUCAGAACAAUGCAGAAGGAACACUUCUUAACAGUUCGAUCUGAUUACCGCAUGGUGUUUGCUAUCAGCAAUCCAUUGAAUGUUUUAAUCACCUGAAUAAGCCCCUGGUUGUAAAGUGUUAAUUAACAUCACUCAUUCCGUUGUUACACAUAGACAUAACAGGUACUCUACCUUAACACUGUAAUCAACUGUGACUGACUGCUAAGGGGUCUCUUAAGAGAUUUCUAAACAAGUAUGUGUAUAUUUAUGUAAACUUUUAAACUGAAUGGCACAUCACUUUUUAUUAUGGACAUGUAACUUAUAAGAAUAGCCUUGUUUUACAGUGUCUAUUGUCAGUGUAUUCAUUGCCAUUCAAUGAAUAAACCCCUGGAUUUCAAA